AUGCCACGAGGAGAGCUUGACCAAGAUGUCUACGCCUACGAAGUGCAUCUUCCUUGCAGACCACAGACUGGUAGGGAGGGCCGUUCGCUCCCGCCAGAGAGCGUAACCGGUAGGGCGAAGGUGGACCUGUCAACCAACCUUCUGUCCAAGCAUUCACAGACGCAUCACGGGAUACAUCGAGGGACGAGAUUUACGGGACUCACGGUGGAAAUGCUUCUCGGUAUCCGUACAUGCUGGAUUCUAUAUGCGUCAAAUGCGUGCUGUCUGCCCCGCGUCCCCCACUCCCACUUCGCUCCUAAGAAGUACACACCAGAUCUUACUGCCGCUCCUGCAACGUCCCCCCUUCCCAGCCGACCCGAACAAAUGGAUGUACAGCGAACGGGGGAAGUGGAAGUGAUGUCUGCCAAGAUUCCCGUCCCUCUCACACUUCUAUUCGUACAUACCUGCAUCAUGCAUGGCAUGUUAUUGCUUGUCGGCUUGCGAUUGAACUCGGUUGCCUUUAUCUCCGGAGUUAGCGAUGUCAAGUCGACAUCCUUCAUCUGCCAUCGCUCUCACUGCCUCUGCCUGAUCUACUUGCUCCCCGUCGGCAGGACUCUCUGGCGGGCCGGGGAGAACUACCUUACAAAGGGAAAUGGUAAAAGAGCGUGGUCAUACCACCCGCAAAAGCAUCUAUCCAUAUCUGCCUUCUCGUCAGCCAACGUAUCUUGUAUUCAAGCCCUCAGGGGCAUCCAAAUAGAGCCUUCCUUAAACAAGCCACUGAAGCGAACUCGGGACUGCGAAGGAAAUCAUGAGCCCAAUAGAAUUGCCGACCUCCCAGUCCACGCGAUACCCCGAACACGGAUCCACAGAAAAACACGCUCUGAAGUCUAA